UUUAAUGAUUGCUGCUAUGAAACAAAUUUCAUUAUCUAUUGAUAUAGACGAAUUAACCUCAGAGGAUUUUACCAAAAUCAAAGAUGAUUCUCAUCUCCAGAUUCCAAAUUUCUUCAAUCGAUUUGCUUUUAUUUUUGACCCUUCAACAUUAAUUUUUGGACCGUUUAUUACUUAUACACAAUUUUUGGAGAUGAAAUAUACUUUAGAACAAGAAUUGCGUGAAUGUAACUACUAUAAUUUGCUUUUGAGGGUACUACAUUCCUUUUGGCACUUGAUCAUCGCAAUGUUUUUUCUUCUCCUUUCAACGUGUUUUGUCGAUACUGAUAUUUUAUCUUCCUUCUACAUUUUACCUUCUUGGUUUAUUCAAUUUACAAAAGCUCUUGCCUUCCGAUAUUCGCAUUAUUUUGUAUCAUAUUUCGCUACAUCUAUUGUUUUUAUUGGUGGAGCAUCCUUUUCAUUUGAGAUUGUUAGAUGGACAUCUGUUGAAUGGCCUAGAUCUCUGGCACAAGUAGCCUCGGUUUGGAAUAUACCAAUGCAUUCAUUUCUUCACAAAUGCACAUUUUUAUCGAAAACUUCUUUCCAAUUGUUUUGCUACUUUGUCAGCUAUUCUAAUUACUUUUGCAGUCUCUUCUUUAUUACACGUAAAUUCUAAA